AUGGCUGUCAAAGGCCCGGACGAGCAACGACAAUGGGUUCUUGGGUUCAGCAUUGUUGUUGCCGUAUCGUUCGCUACUCGUUUCCAUAAAAUUUCCGAGCCGGAUCAUGUGUGCUGGGACGAAACCCACUUCGGUAAGAUGGGUUCGUGGUACAUCAACCAGUCGUUCUUCUUCGAUGUUCACCCACCCCUCGGCAAGAUGCUCAUUGGAUUAUCCGGGCACUUGACCGGCUACGACGGCACGUUCCCCUUCAACAAACCCGGGGACAAGUAUAACGAUACUAAGUAUCUCGGGAUGAGAGUUUUUUGCGCUUUUCUCGGAGCUGCCAUCCCUCCCAUGGCAUUCAUAGCUGUCGAGAGUUUGACGAAGAAAAUCUCAGCCGCCCUCCUGGCGUCUUCUCUGAUUCUAUUCGACGUCGGCAUGAUCACCCUGACUCAAUACAUUCUUCUGGACCCCCCGCUUCUGUGUUUCAUCAUGGCAUCGUUCGCUUCAUGUGUGACCCUGCAGCGAUUCGAGCCCUUCUCCAAGCUGUGGUGGACGUGUCUCACGUGUACCGGGGUCUUCCUCGCCUGUUCGAUCAGCGUCAAGUUCGUCGGUCUCUUCAUCGUGCUCUCUGUCGGUGCUCAUACGGCCUGGGAUCUGUGGCUGAUUCUCGGGGAUCUCCGGAUGCCGCUAUGGAAACUCCAGAAACAUUUCCUGGCUCGAGUUCUGUGUCUGAUUCUGCUGCCGAUCGUGCUGUAUACGUGUUUCUUCUAUAUCCAUCUGCACCGUCUUUCGAAAACCGGCAACGGAGACGGGUUCUACAGUUCAGAGUUCCAGGCACGUCUGGAAGGUAAUUCCCUUUACACAGCGAGUAUGCCGAGACAAUUGGCUUAUGGCGCGAAAAUUUCGCUGAAAAACCACAGAACCGGCGGCGCGUAUCUGCAUUCGCAUUUUCAUCUCUACCCUGAAGGUGUUGGUGCGCGCCAGCAGCAGGUGACGACUUAUUCUCACAAAGACGACAACAAUCACUGGAUUGUGAAAACCUGGAAUCGAGAACCAGCGGAAAACGAUACGGUAUCCCUGGUGAAAGACGGUGACCUCAUCAGACUCGAGCACGUUCAAACAAACCGGAAUCUUCACUCGCACCGAGAAGAAGCUCCCCUGACGAAACGCCACAAUCAGGUCACCUGCUAUGGGGAGAAAGGAGUCGGUGAUGCAAACGACGUCUGGCGCGUAGAGGUCGUCAAGGGUGCUGGCCCGGAGAGCGAAAUAAACACGGUCACGACGAAAUUCCGUCUGAUACAUUACCUCACCAGUUGCGCACUUCAAUCUCACAACAAACAAUUGCCAAAAUGGGGCUUCGAUCAAAUGGAGGUGUCCUGCACCCCGAACAAACGCGACAAGAAUGCAAUAUGGAAUGUCGAGGACAACUGGUUCUCGAAACUGCAGAGCGAAUCGUUCGAGAGAUACCGUCCGGGUUUCCUGCAAAUGUUCGUCGAAUCUCACGCCGUCAUGUUCCAGGGAAAUGCCGGCUUGAAACCGAAAGAAGGUGAAAUGACCUCGAGACCCUGGCACUGGCCCAUCAACUUGCGGGGUCAGUUCUUCUCCGGUUUCGAGUAUCGCGUCUAUCUGCUGGGCAACCCCGUCAUUUGGUGGGGAAACAUCGUCCUACUCGCAGUUUAUCUACUCAUACAGGUCGGCGUUUUUAUCAAGGAGAAGCGCCGAGGUAAACUCGUGGAAUCUCACUACAUAACCUCCUCGUGUCGAUGGUUAUUGUUAGGCUGGGCGUUGCAUUAUUGGCCAUUUUACGCCAUGGGUCGGGUGUUGUACUUCCAUCACUACUUCCCGGCGCUGAUGUUUAGUUCAAUGUUGUCGGGAGUCAUCGUAGAUUAUUUGAUAGAUCUCUUCGUCCCUCAAAGGCACAAAUCCUGGGCUUAUGCGGUUUUUCUGCUCACCAUAUUGUACAGCUUCUUCAUCUUUUCGCCGCUCGCCUACGGAAUGCAGGGGGCGACGGCGAAUAUGCCCAACAGUACGAUGUAUGGUCUCAGAUGGCUGGAAACCUGGGAAUUCUAGGCCCAUCUAGAGAUCCGAUAUCGUGCUCCUCGAACGUUUCGGAAAACGCGCUCCAAUCACGAGCGUGCUCAGUGCAAAUAUCAAACGUCGUGAAACCCGUGUAUAUUUUAACUUAUUCUCGGAGGACGACUCCGACCUUUGACCACCCAAUAAACGUCGGGAUGAGGAUGCCUGACCCUCUCUAAAUAAUGAAG